AUGGCUGCCGGAGGGCGCUGGAAGGCGGAGAGGGCGUCAAGUGCAGCGACUGCGAACCGCGUGGCGACUCUUGCGCGGGGGGCGGUGACCUCUGGUGACCCGGGUGACCCGGCUGACCCGGGUGACCUCGGUGACCCCGGCGACCCCGGCGCCGGCUACCACUGGACGUGCGCGCUGUGCCGCCACCCGGCCGGCAGCGUGGACCCAGCGGGCCGCGUGGCCACCGCCGUCAACAGCAUCUCGGAGAAGUUCGAGCUGGUGAACAGGGUGCAGCUGCCGCGGCUGAGCAGCGACCUGACGCGCAUACGCAGCACGACGGAGAGGAUCGCGCGGCAGAACGAGAGCAUCCUGAAGUACAUAGAGGAGCUGAGGGGGAGGGAGCCCAAGCGCCAAGGCACCCGCGGGUACAGGAAGCGGAAAAUCACCUUGGCGCCGAAGGCCAAGCCGCCGGAAACGGACGCGACCCCAACACGGGACAGACUCGCCCGCCACCGGCCCAGGAGGUCGUUGACACUGCAGGAUUUGUUGCUCGUACUCAACAGAAAAAUACACCAAACUCCGGCCAGUUCCAAGCAACGC